AUGGAAAUCGUGCGAGAACAUAAACGAGCCGAAAGGUUAAAAAGUAGUCUUACGUGUCGCUUUUGCUUGUCGCAGGGCGUUCGGCUUAGUUCCAUUUACGCAGCACCGGAACAGAAUAAAACAACACCGCUAGCGCUGCAAAUAAUGGCCUGCGUGGGAAUCGAGGUUUACAGUGAUGAUGGCAUGCCAGGUCUGAUUUGUGAACAUUGUCGUAUGCUUAUGAAUUAUUGCUACCAAUUCAAGCAGAUGUGCAACAACGCGGAUACGCAGCUGAAAACAUUUCUUUCCACGGGACUUUGGCCAAAGCAACUAUCGCUGCCGAAAGAGUUGGCGACAUUAUUGGUGAAUUUGAAACAGCAAUCGCCACAUCGAUCGACGAAAUCACAGGGAUCCUGUGCAGUAUUAGAAAGUGUGGAAAAUUCAAAAGAAAAAACAGUCAAUAUUGUUAAGCUAAGUCCUGCGGACCUUAAAAAUAUAAAGCUGGGUCAGAAAAUUAAUUUAGAAAAUCUGGGAUUGUCAACUAUCUCUGGAAAGACCGGGACUGUACUCUCUGUGGACAACGAGGAUAAUGAACCGGUCCACGUUCCACUUCUCACAUCCACCCCAAUAAUAAAGCGAAAAGGAUCAGAAUUGAUACGCCUUAGUGAAGCAUCCAAAACGGAUGAGCAAGAAAAAAAGCAGAGGACAAUGCCGCAAACGGUCCAGACAAGCAAAGUUUACAAUGGACCAGUCAUACUUAACAAUUUGGUCAAUUCCGUGGUACCGAAGGUCGAGGAAGAAUUUGUCUCUACCGGCGAAGGAACAGUAGAAAUGAUAAUGACCUACGAAUCGGAACAAGAUCAGAUCACAAACAAAUCGGAUGUGUUUCCCUGCACCGAAUGCCAGAAAACGUACCCACUGAAACAGCUGCUCGACAUACAUCUUUUGUCACAUAAACGCGAGCGCAAUUUUCCCUGUGACCAAUGUGAAAAGCGCUUCUUUUCCAAGUACGACCUGGCCAAGCACACAGCGACGCACACCGGCGAACGACCAUAUAUUUGUGUCAUUUGUAGAGCAUCUUUCUCGCGAUCCACUUUGCUGACGCGGCAUCAAACGAAACAUAAGGACGAACCGAAACAUGUGUGCAAAUUCUGUGACCGUACGUUUCUUGCGUUGGACGAAUUAAACAAGCACAUUGAGAACCAUGAAAAGAUUCGUCCCUUCAAGUGUGCACUCUGCCCUAAGCGAUUCGCGUACAAGCAAGGUCUGGAAAGGCACGAAGUUGUGCACAAGGAGAAAUUACCUUACCAAUGUGAAUACUGCGACCAAAGCUAUGUGACUGCGGGCAAGCUGUCUCGUCAUUUGGCAACACACGCCGGUGAUCGGCCGUAUCCAUGUCGGUUGUGUAAUAAAUCGUUCCUGCUUAGCCAUCAUCUUUCACGUCAUUUGCGCAGGCACAACGCAUCCGGUCAGAGCGAGUACAAAUGCGUCGAUUGUAAGGCAUUGUUAAACAGUAUGGGCGAGUUAAUUUAUCAUUCAGCACAGCAUGCAAUGCAGAACCUUAUCUGUCCGUUAUGUCGCGAACCGUUUGAAGAUGUGGAUAAGGUCACCGAGCACAUAAAAUCACACGCGGAACAGCUACAUUAUGCGUGCGACUAUUGUGAUCUGAUGUACACAAACGAACAGCAACUGAACGAGCAUUGUUUACAGAAUCAUGCAGACGAACUGGCGUACGAACUACCAGAAAAUCAAUAUCAGUUAGUACAGCCGGAUGAAGGUGUUGAUAUCCAAACAAUACCGUUAGUUGAAAAAAAUAUGAAGUUAGAAUCGCUAAAUGUUGCUGAUGUACCUGAAGCAAACAAUACGGCGAUGGAGUACGAACGUAUGGCAGAAGAUGAAGUAUACCACGAUAUGUUUUUCGAAGAAGAUGAAUCAACAUUAGUUCCCGAUACGCUAGACGAUUCGGAAACUUUUGAAAUCACGGAAAUUGAAUUAAGAGCCGAAAGCCCGAAAGAGAUACGCAUCAAUGUCCCGCCCAAAACAUCGCCAACAAAAGUGGCAAUUAAAAAAGAAAUAACACAAUCAGCGGCUCGUACAGCGAUAAAGAAAACAACCACAGCUGCAACAGUAACCAAAUUACAUCCCAAUGUUACUAUAACUUCAACACAACGGAACAAAUCUAAAACAGUGGUUCAAUCGGAAGAGAAGCCAUCCCGUCAGCAACGUAUGGAAGAAUUCUAUAAACGUAACCAACAGGCAGUGGAAAAGAAAAUGGCCCAGAAAAAUGUGGCGGAUGUUUUGAAAAACUUACCAAAAGGUGUUACAGUAACGAAACCCACCUCAAUUACGACAUCGAGUGAUUGUAAUGAUCGGAUUAGGAUGGAACAACUGGGAAAAGAAACAUCAGAAAAUAAAACGCAUAUUGCUGCUGCAGCUCCUGCUGCUCCUCCAUCAACAACAAGUCCACAAAAGCGAGGUCCUGGAAGACCGCCAAAGGUGAAACCAAUUACCGAAACAAAAGAUGUCACAGCAAAUGCGGACAUGUCAAAGAACCACAAUCCAAAACCGAGUGCACCAAAAGAAUCCGUAAUUCCGAUUAAGACAGCAAAAUCGCUUGAUGAAAAAAAAGAUUUGAAGCGAAGCGCUAGUGCCAUAGAGAUACACAAAGAGCGCCCCAAAAUAAAGAUGCAAGGACAAGAAAAUUCGUCCAAGCCUACUAUAGCUGCAACCACAAAAUCGGCGUCCAACCCGGGCGAACCGCAGUCGUGGAUGAUAAAAAGAACGUACGCACCUAAAGAACCACAAGCCGUGAGUAAAAAGCGAACGGCAGAAAAGUGUAUGGAAGACUCAGAAGAUGUGGCACCGAGCAAACGGCCAGCGCUCAGCCGAAAAACGUUUAACCCUGCUAUGAUUCGUGUAAUGAGUGAUAAUGAAAAGGCCAGACAUCAUCCGGUAGGGGGAACGAAAGUUAGAACAACGAUAAGUUCAACGACCGGAACCAAUACCGCGAAUCUGAAGCGAGUUUCAAAAUCGGAUGUCCCAAAAGGGAUACCGGUUGAGGUGAAUAUCGGUGGUAAGACGAUAAAAGUACACAAAAUUAGCAAGGAGGAAGUAAUUGGACGGGCAUCUCAAUUGAAGGAAAAACUUUCGACUUAA